AUGCUCAAUGAAGCAGCAGCCGCAAAGUCUCAUAGUAAGGGAAAAGAAUACAAAUACGAUGUAGGAAUGAAGAAAUUCGCUGCAUACGUAUUCAUGACAGGAGCACAGUCUAUGAAGCAGCUAGCCAGAAAUUAUUUCUGGUGGCCGUACUUAGAUGAAGAUAUCGAAAAUUUAGCAAAUAGCUGUAAAAUCUGCUUAGAGAAUAGACCAGAACCGACGAAAACAUCACUUACACCCUGGCAAUGGCCGAGUACCCCGUGGUCAAGAAUACAUAUCGAUUUCAUGGGGCCUUUCCACAAUUGCAUGUUUUUGAUAGUAGUAGAUGCGCAUUCAAAAUGGACUGAAGUGAUAAACAUGAAAAAAGACACAACCGCACAUAAGCUGAUUAAAGUACUAGACGAAAUUUUUUCUAGAUACGGUAUCCCAAAGCAUUUGGUGUCAGACAACGGUCCGCAAUUGUCAAGUGAUGAGUUCAGAAAGUUCUUGAAAAUGUAUAAAAUCAAACACACGUUUUCUCCGCCCUACUAUCCAGCCACUAACGGCGCAGCGGAAAACUUCGUUAAAACCGUAAAAACGAAAGUUGACAAAAUGAUCAAAGACGGAUAUCCUCUAGACUCUGCGAUAAACAGAUUUUUAAUCGAUUACCGUAACACCCCACACGCUACUACUAAUAAAACACCAUCAGAAUUGAUGUUCAAAAGGGAAAUACGCACAAGAUUCGAUUUAUUAAGAUCCGACAUAGUAGGCACAGUAGAAAAAAAUCAAUUUGACCAAAAACGAUUCAAACACGGCAAUAGAAAAGGCACAUUCUCUGUUAACGAAAUAAUUUAUGCCAAAGAUUAUCGCAAAGACACAAGUAAAAACUCGAAAGCCGUUAUAGUUGAACAGCGUUCACCUGUCAGUUAUAAUGUACGAUUUGACGACGGAUUUGUAACAAAGCGUCAUAAAAAUCAGAUUUUUCAGACCAGCUUAGGUCAUGAUCUUAGAAGAGGGGAAGGUGUAAAUUGUGAUGAACCUCACCGUAGAGAUAAGAAUACUACCUUAAAUGACGAGGAGAGAAAUAUUGUUAGUGAAAAAAGUGAUAAGUGUUUAAACGAAAAUUCCAAAAGCCAACCAGAAAAAAGUGAUUCAGUGAAGCGCAGAUACUCAAAGCGCAAGUAUGAAAUACAAGGCGAGCAGCCGCGACGCUCUACAAGAAUUGCAAAAUUAUAA